GGCGAUAUGGAUCAAUCUCUCGGCAGCCACAGGAGUGUUCGGCACGGAGGAGCAAUGUGGGAAUCCGUCCGGUCAUCUUGGUCUUGGUUGAGCUGAGCGCUGAACUCGUUGUCGAGUAGGCAGCGUGAUACUCAACAUCAAGAAUGGAAUGUGAAAAACUCGAGCCCUCUCAAGAAACAUGUUCCAGCCUAAGUGUGUGGCACGAUCAUCAACACUCUCGAAUGUCGAACAGUUAGACGAGGCACCUGGGCGACAGCCCAUAGCCUCGGAAAUUUUCUUUAGAAGCGUGCAAUGGAGCGCCGAUGGGACAAGUCUGCUAGCCAGUCCUUCUGAUCACUCAAUCAGGACCUAUAUUGUUCCUCCAGACCUCCUGGAAGAGGCUGCAAACCCACAUACUCUUGCACCAUACUGCACGAUUCAAUCAAGUGACCCGGUGAACGCCGUGGUAGGAUAUCCGUUCUUUAAUCUGGGAGACCCUGCCACCACCCUCGUCCUGUCGUCAAUGAGAGACCAUCCGAUACGGUUGCACUCGGCCCUUACGGGUCAGUUGGGAGCGUCUUAUCCACUCAUCAAUCCCAUGACAGAAGCUUUUAUUAGCCCGCAUUCGCUGGUGUUUAGCCCUCAGGGUGAUCGUUUCAUUGCUGGGUCGGAAUCGCUGAUCUCGGUUUUUGAUGUCUCGCGGCCUGGGCAAGAGCCUGUGUCAUCGAUCCCGACUGGUCCCAAGACCGGGAAUGCAACAAGUUACGACGCCGUCAUGAGUAUGAGGGGGAUUGUGUCCGCUCUGGCGGUUGAUGCUACCACAGGAGUGCUCGCCGCCGGCACGUAUAGCCGCCAUAUUGGGUUGUACGAUGCUAUGGGCCAAGGCGAGUGCAUCGGCAUCUUCUCCGUUAGAGGCACGGAUGCCGACAGUCAUAUUGGUGGUGGUGGUAUCACGCAAGUGGCGUGGAGCCGUUGUGGUAGGUAUUUGCACAUCGCUGAGAGGAAAAGUGAUGGAGUUAUCAUUUACGAUAUUCGCAAGACUGGGCAACUGCUGGCAUGGGUGGAAGGGCGAAAGGCUCAAACGAAUCAAAGGUUAGGGGUUGAUCUGGCAAGCCCGGACGCUUCGGGCACCAUUGAGGUUUGGGCAGGGGGCCUCGAUGGUGCUGUAAGAAUGUGGAAGGAUGCCCAGCUGAGCGAAGGUGCUGUUGCACCGACUUUCGAGUUCAAAGCACACGACGAUGCAGUAUCAGGGACAGUCGUCCAUCCUAGCGGCGGUGUUAUUGCCACUUCUUCCGGUCAACGCCAUUUUGACUUUGACUCUGAUGAAAACAAGGUCGCAGCACAAGUUCAUGACAAUAGCUUGAAGAUCUGGGAGUUGUGAAAUGAAAGUGCAUCCCUAGGACAGAAGUUAGGAGGUCAAGCUGCAGAAGUUUGCUUUGUGUCCGGAGUACAAUUCACGACUAGCUAUAAGCCCCGUGUUUCCAAUGAUGGAAAUGAUUAAUUCUGCUGUCCGCCA